AUGGGUGAUAAUCGAGGGAGCUCCAAGAAGAGAGUUUUGAGCAUCGAUGGAGGAGGGGUGAGAGGAUUGAUCGCAAGCCAGAUCCUGGAACACCUCGAGCAAUGCCUACAAGAUUUGGAUGGAGAGCAUGCGAGAAUAGCAGAUUAUUUCGAUAUGAUCUCUGGGACAAGCACUGGAGGGAUAAUGUGUUUGAUGCUCGCAGUUCCCGACAGCCAAGGAAGACCCCUGUUCACAGCCAAACAGAUAACUGAUUUUUACCUCAAGAACUCGAGUACCAUCUUUCCUCAGAGCAUAUUUACCGCUGCAAAUGGUCUCUUUGGUCCCAAGUAUGCAGCCCAUCCUAUAGAGAGAAUACUGAAAUCUUAUGUUGAAGAUUUGAGGAUGCGCGAUACAUUGGCUUUUGCUGAUGCUUCCAAGAAUGCGUUUCUGAGAGACGUUGCCCGAGGAACAUCCGCCGCUCCAACGUAUUUUUCGCCCGUGGAAUUCGAGACGACCGAAGGAACACGCUUCAAUCUCGUGGAUGGAGGCCUCGCCGCAAAUAAUCCAAGAUUUGAGGAUUUGCUGGUAUUAUCGCUUGGCUGUGGCAACCAAACUGUGAGUUACAGCGCCAAGGAAGCCGCGGGAUGGGGUGCUUUGAGCUGGGUGACGCACCGCAAUGGACCGCCAAUAACGAAUAUGCUCCUCAACGCGAGCUCGGACAUGGUGGACUAUGCAAUCUCGGCGCUCUUUCAGGUCGGAUUGUGCGAGGAAAACUUCUUAAGAAUCCAAGUAAGAGAGAUCGUAUGCAUGAAUUGGGAAAUGCUUAGUUUAUUUCGUGGUCAGACGUCCACUUUGGAGAACGCGACUGGGCAAGUUGACAAUUCAAAGCCAGCCAACCUUGCGGAGCUGGUUAACAUUGGGAGACAGCUGAUCAAGGAGCCGGUCAAACGGGUCAACUUGCACAAUGGCUCUUACGACCUUCGGCCGGGCAUGGAGACCAACGGGGAGGCCAUUCGCAGGUUUGCAAAUUUACAUUUUUAG